AUGGCCAGCGGUCGGCCUCCUGGAAGUCAUCCAUCCGCUGGCGGGAAUGGUGGCGACGACUUGCUGCAGCUGGAUGAGUCCAACGCGCCCGUUUACAACACUGGCCAACGUCCACCGGUAGACGACAGCCAUCUUCUAGAGCAAUAUAAUAUCGAUGACUCCGACCAACCGCGACCGUCAGUUUCUUACGAUGAUUUUGUUGGAGGCAGACAUCCAGCGGGCACUGGAGCGCAUCCAACCGCUGGAUUGCAAGUUGAGCAUCAAGCCGGAAGUGACCCAUAUCUCGGCGCACCCGCGCAUCGCACAUAUUCACAGACGUCGGGCUUGAGUAAUUUCCAUAGAUAUUCGGACAUCGAUGAUUACGAAGAUGAGCACAUGCACGGUUAUUACAAUGAUAUGGAUGAGAAUAUAUCAAGUGGUCGGUUACGGCAACAACACGAACGAAAUAGUAUUUUGGGCUUGGGCGGUGGGCUGAUGGGCAGAGCGAAGAACAUGCUCGGUAUGGGUAAUGAGUAUUCGGAAAUGGAUCUCCCCUUAACAGAAGCUGGGGCUCGGGGUUCAAGACUCGAAGACGAUAGUAGCGUCCAAAAGGCGAAGAAAAAAAGUUCGGGCUUUAGAUUUGGGAGAAGAAAAGUCGAUCCAUCAACUCUCGGACCAAGAAUUAUCAUGCUCAACAAUGCGCCUGCUAAUUCUUCGCAAAAAUACGUCGACAAUCAUAUUUCGACAGCCAAGUACAACGUCAUUACUUUUAUACCUAAGUUCCUUUACGAGCAGUUCUCCAAAUACGCCAACUUGUUUUUCUUGUUUACCGCUUGUCUGCAACAGAUUCCGAAUGUCACGCCCACGAAUCGAUAUACCACAAUCGUACCAUUAUGUCUUGUGUUGUUGGUGUCGGCUAUCAAGGAGCUGGUGGAAGACUAUAAGCGAAGGUCUUCUGACACUUCCUUGAAUACAUCAAAAGCUCUAGUCCUCAAGGGCUCACAAUUUCAAGAAACCAAAUGGUUGGAUGUCGCCGUCGGUGAUAUCGUCCGUGUGGAGUCUGAGCAACCGUUCCCGGCGGAUCUUGUCCUCCUGGCGAGUUCCGAACCUGAAGGUCUAUGCUAUAUUGAAACCGCGAACCUCGAUGGUGAGACCAACCUCAAAGUCAAACAAGCUAUUCCAGAAACGGCACAUCUUGUCAACCCUAGCGAUCUCAGCAGACUCAGUGGACGGCUUCGGUCCGAGCAGCCCAACAGUAGUCUCUAUACUUACGAGGCCACAAUGACUAUGCAUGCUGGUGGAGGCGAAAAAGAGCUUCCAUUGACACCAGAACAGCUUCUUCUUCGUGGUGCUACCCUCCGCAACACACCCUGGAUUCACGGAGUUGUUGUAUUUACUGGUCACGAGACGAAGUUGAUGCGAAACGCUACUGCCACUCCUAUUAAACGAACAGCUGUUGAGCAUACCGUUAACUUGCAGAUUUUGAUCUUAGUCGCCAUCCUCAUUACCUUGAGUGUCAUUACAUCAGUCGGUGAUUUAAUUACUCGCAAGACAUCCGGCGAUAAGUUGACAUAUUUGAACUACGGUAACUACAAUGUCGUGAAGCAGUUCUUCAUGGAUAUUGCGACCAACUGGGUCUUGUUCUCGAAUUUGGUUCCGAUCUCGCUGUUCGUCACGAUCGAAAUUGUCAAGUACUUUCAGGCUCUUCUCAUCAAUUCUGAUUUGGAUAUUUACUACGAUAAGACGGAUACUCCAGCAACAUGCCGAACGUCCUCAUUGGUUGAAGAACUCGGCCAGAUUGAGUAUAUAUUUUCGGACAAAACAGGAACUUUGACCUGCAAUAUGAUGGAGUUCAAGCAAUGUUCGAUCGGUGGUAUUCAAUACGGUGGUGAUAUCCCUGAAGACAGGAAAGCAGGUCCAGGUAAUGAACUUGGCAUUCACGAUUUUAAACAGCUGCAGGAGAACCUCAAAUCCCACCCAACCGCGGAGAUCAUUCACCAGUUUUUGGCGUUACUCGCAAUUUGUCACACUGUUAUUCCUGAAAGAAGAGAUGACAGGCCUGGCGAAAUCAAAUAUCAGGCUGCCUCUCCCGACGAGGGUGCAUUGGUCGAAGGUGCUGUCAUGCUUGGAUAUCAGUUUACGAACCGUAAGCCACGAACUGUGCAAAUCAUGGUGAAUGGCCAAGAAUACGAAUAUGAAUUGUUGGCGGUGUGCGAGUUCAACUCAACAAGGAAGAGAAUGUCCACUGUCUAUCGAUGUCCCGAUGGCAAAGUCAGGGUAUUCUGCAAGGGUGCCGAUACAGUGAUUUUGGAACGUCUUCACCCGGAUAACCCGAUUGUCGAAGCAACGUUACAGCAUCUGGAGGAAUACGCUACUGAAGGUUUGCGAACGCUGUGUUUGGCAAUGCGCGAGGUUCCCGAAGACGAGUUCCAGCAAUGGCUUCAAAUUCACGAAAAGGCUGCCACAACAGUCAGCGGUAACCGUCAGGAAGAACUUGACAAGGCUUCGGAGCUCAUUGAAAAGGAUUUUUACCUUCUUGGAGCCACGGCUAUUGAGGACAGACUGCAGGAUGGCGUACCCGAUACGAUCCACACUCUCCAGCAGGCCGGUAUCAAGGUCUGGGUCUUGACGGGUGAUAGACAGGAAACCGCGAUCAAUAUUGGCAUGUCUUGCAAAUUGAUUUCGGAAGAUAUGUCGCUUUUGAUUGUUAACGAGGAGAACGCCUCUGCAACAAGAGAAAAUUUGACGAAGAAACUAUCAGCGGCUCAGAGUCAACUCAGUGCUGGUAGCGAGAUGGAGCCUCUUGCAUUGAUUAUCGAUGGUAAAUCGUUGACCUUUGCCCUUGAGAAGGACAUGGAAAAGCUCUUUUUGGAUUUGGCUGUUCUUUGUAAAGCGGUUAUUUGCUGUCGAGUUUCUCCCCUUCAAAAAGCUCUUGUCGUCAAGCUCGUCAAACGCCAUAAAAAAGCACUUCUUCUAGCCAUUGGUGAUGGAGCCAACGACGUCUCUAUGAUCCAAGCCGCCCAUGUGGGUGUUGGUAUUAGUGGUCUCGAAGGUCUUCAAGCUGCCCGUGCGGCUGACGUCUCUAUUGGACAAUUCCGAUUUUUGCGUAAACUUCUCCUUGUUCAUGGUUCGUGGUCGUAUCAUCGUAUCAGUCGGGUCAUCUUGUUCUCAUUCUACAAGAACAUUGCUUUGAACAUGACACAAUUCUGGUACUCGUUCCAAAACGCCUUUUCAGGUGAGGUUAUUUACGAGUCAUGGACAUUAACUUUCUUCAACGUGAUCUUCACCGUUCUUCCGCCGUUCGCGCUUGGUAUCGUGGAUCAGUUCGUUUCCGCUAGACUCCUAGAUCGUUACCCGCAACUUUAUCAGCUAGGACAGAAGGGAGUGUUCUUCAAAAUCACAAACUUCUGGUCUUGGAUCGCCAAUGGAUUCUACCACUCAUUGCUGGCGUACAUCAUCGGAGAAGGAAUCUUCUACAACGACCUCAAGGAACAAAAUGGUAUGGCCACCGGUCACUGGGUCUGGGGUACAGCCAUGUAUACAUCCGUGCUGGUGACGGUGCUCGGGAAAGCAUCUCUAAUCACCAACACAUGGACCAAAUACCAUUUAAUUGCGAUUCCAGGCUCUUUACUACUAUGGAUCGUAUUCCUACCUGCCUACGGCUUCGCCGCACCAGCCAUCGGCUUUUCCACCGAAUACCACGGAAUCAUCCCCGUUGUCUUCUCAAUCCCACAAUUCUACCUAAUGGCCGCUUUAUUGCCAGUCAUCUGCCUCAUGCGCGACUUUGUCUGGAAAUACGCCAAACGCAUGUACCGACCACAACCAUACCACCACGUUCAAGAAAUCCAAAAAUACAACGUGCAAGACUACCGGCCUCGAAUGGAACAAUUCCAAAAGGCGAUCCGCAAGGUCCGGCAGGUGCAGCGCAUGCGCAAACAGCGUGGGUAUGCGUUUAGUCAGGCUGACGAAGGUGGUCAGCAGAUGAGGAUUGUCAAUGCUUAUGAUACGACCAAGAGUCGUGGUCGGUAUGGUGAGAUGGGCAGUUCACGGCCAUUGCAAUGA